UGUACUAGCUAUGACUGACUGUUCAACUUCCUAUAAAUACGGCGCCGCGCCAAAUCUCGGCCGUAUCAUGCACGACCGUUUCAUGCGGAGUAACCUAGGCACGGGUUUCUCUCACAGCUUGAGUUUUGGAAUCUGUCCAGUAUAGGACCACAUAUUUCAUCACGUCUAACUCUAAAGGUGUCCUUUCGUCAUCAUGACUCGUAAACAGUAUACCACGAUGACUGGCGAUCAGACAGCCGCCAGUCCAGAAGACCAAGAAGUCGGACAUGAGCAGAACCAAGCCAGGUACGGCUGUUUGUCCUGCCACCCCUCGGGUCUUACUCCCCUGGCCUCGGGGAAAUUCUUCCUCCUCGCCAUGUGCAUGCUCAUCUUCAGCGACGCCUUCAACAUCGGCACCCUGAGUGGCGCCCUCACGAGUCUGGAGACGCGAUACGAGCUGACCGCCUCCCAGUUGGGGCUGAUCGAGAGUUUAUACGAGGCGGGAAAUCUCAUUUUCGUCAUCUUCGUGGUGCACUUUGCCGGGCGUGAGGAGCACCGACGCCCGCUAUGGAUCGGCCUGGGCGCACUUACAAUGGCCAUCGGCACAGCCAUCGCGUACUCGCCACAAUUCUUCUUUCCCGCGUACGAGCCUAACUGGAGGUCACUCUCCACCAAUCAGAGCACGGAGCCAUUGACCUGUGGAUCUGAUUGGCUGGAGGUCCGAUGCGAGCUCGCAGAGUCGCAUGUGUUCCAACAGGAUAGCCGUAUGGCGUACGUGGUGGUCCUGUGCGGUGAGAUCUUGGUUGGUAUUGGUUGGACGCCGGUAAUGCCGCUAGCCAUGUCGUACAUUGAUGAUAACGUCAACACCAAAACCUCUGCCAUGUUCAUAGGUAUCAUCCAGAGUAUGUUUGGUGUCGGUACCAUCGCCGGGUUCCUGGUAAGCGCAGCCGUGGCAUCGCAUUGGGUUGACUUCUAUCGGGUCGAUAUUGACGAAAUCCAGCUUGUCCCCAGUGACAAACUCUGGGUGGGUGCGUGGUGGCUCGGACUGGCCAUAACGAGCGCCCUCUAUUUCCUCUCCUCGCUGCCUUUCUUUGGUUUCCCACGUCGCUUGCGGACCCAAUCUCCCUCAUCUUGCGCCAAGGACGACAACUUUAUGUUGGAGAGUUACACCACAGAUGAUCCUGACCCGGAAGAAGAGGUUCUUGAACCUGGAAGCACUUCAAAGGGUGUGGUCUCUUUGUCCACCUUACCUUCCUUAUUGUGGCGUCUGCUGUGCAACCCGAUCUACCUAUGGCUCAGCGUGGGCAGCUUCUCUGAAAUGGCCGUCAUUGCCGGUCUGGUAACCUUCUUCCCCAAGUAUCUCGAGACGCAGUUUGGCUUGUCUCCACCCGAAGCCAACUUUUUCAUGGCUGUGAUUCCCGUUCCUGCCGUUGCCCUGGGAUCGAUCCUGGGCGGAUACUUGCUGAAGAAACUGUCCCUGAAGGCAGAGGGCGCUAUGAUGCUGGCCCUGACCUGCAGUAUCAUCGCGCUGAUUGGUCAGGUGGUGUUGCUAGGCAUUGGCUGCGAUGAUACUGGCCUGGCCGGUGUAGAUGUGUCAUAUCCUAACAAGCACAUGAUUGACUGGACUUCAGUCAAUCUGACCAGCAGAUGUAACGUGGACUGUGGUUGCAACUCAGACGAUCCUGAGGCCGUCUGCGGAGUGGAUGGGAUAUCGUACUUCUCAGCUUGCCAUGCCGGUUGUAAAGAAUUCAUGAAUGGGACAUUUUUCAACUGCUCAUGCGUGCAGGAUCCGACCAAUCAGAUGGCCGGUUCAGCCCAGCCCGGCGCAUGCCCAAUGAGUGACUGCCACAUGUUGGCGCCAUUUCUCGCCAUCAUGUUCAUCAUUGCUCUGUUCUCGAGCCUUGAGGAAAUCCCGCAACUAAUGGUCAUGAUGAGGUGCGUCAAGAAGUCCGACAAAUCGCUUGCUUUGGGUCUCAGGCAUGUUUUUACCCGCGUAUUUGGGAACAUUCCUGCGCCUUUGUACUACGGCCUAGCCAUCGACGCGACCUGUCGCCUGUGGCAGCAAUUCUGUGGUGACAGGGGCGAGUGUUGGGCCUACAACCUGCCCGAUUUCCGCUACACCUUUAUGGGCGUCACAGUGGGCCUGAAGGUGCUCAGCGCCGCGUCCUACGUGAUGGCCUGGGCGCUGCUCAAGAGGCGAUCCGGUGCGGGAAAACUGCCGUCUGCUGAUAGCGAGCGCGUUGAUGAAGGAGUUACCAUGAGUGAAUACCGGCGAGUUACCGAGAACGGGGCCAAUGGUGGCGCGGCGGCAGAAUGUACGGGGGAGGAAGACGUAGGGAACGGGGGAAUGGAUGAGGGAAACCACGGUGAACUCCAAGUUUCCCCAGUUUAAACACUUACAUGUAUUUUCAGAUACGGCUGCAAGAAUAUCUAGUCUGAGUGUAUCACCCGUUGUCCAACGGAGAUCUCUCUGUCUCCGAUCCAACUUCUAAUAUAUCUAAAGGCUAUUACGCAUGCAAAUUUAUGCGACCCCGCGCACUAGCCAAUCGGAUUCGACAUGACGUCAUUUUCAUUCCGAAAUCUGGCGGCUGUUUUUCCCCCCUGGAAUGUUAAUGGCGAUUUUUGUAUAUAUUUUCCUUUGCAAGUUCUCGUUCAUCCAUGGAGGUUGGAAAACGUCGACCGUGUUUCAUUGUAUUUAAUGGGUAUUCAACAGUUUGUAAAACGGUAAUGAUCAAUGGUGGACAGCUGAAUUUGGUGAUCUUCUUUAUUAAAAUAGACAUAACUUGGGCAUAGAGUAUGCAAAUUACGUGAAUUUUUCACAGGUACUAGUCAAUAACAUGUGCUUUAUGCCUAAGUGUUUUUUUUAUGAAAUGGAGCGAGCCACUUAUUUUUAACUACUUUUUCUAAUUCGGUCACUUUCCUUUUGACUCGCCAAGUAGAACGCGCUCGCUGAAUGGUCAGAAUCUCGAGGUCAAGACGCAGUCUUGUUUUGCAUAAUUAAUCACCGAAUCUGCAGCACGUGACCCUUGCUGUGCAAGGAGAUAUUCCACAGAAAAUAGUGAGAAUGAAGCGCAGGACGAAAUAAAUUUAAAUUUUUAUGGGAAUGUCAAAAUGUUAAGCUAUGGAUGUAGCUGAUUUAUUAUAUUGAAGUAAUCGUGUUUUAAAUUGGUUCGUUUUCUUCAAUGAAGUUAAUUAUGUUCCACUGCCGAUUUCGAACAAGGAAUGUAAAUAAUUAAGUUUCGAAAGCCGCACUCAGCGCCACAUAAACGAGCUGCUCAAAAUAUAAAUGAAAGAAAAGUGCUUGCAGCAUUACAUGCAUUAUGUUCGGACUCGCGUGUGAUAUAGGCUUAGUCUUCUUAUAGAUAAUGGUUUAAGUUUUAAUGUUUUGAUUAAAGUAACGUAUACUUCGCAACACAUGGAUUUUAUAUGACAUUGAAAUGUUCUUUUUCUCUGUAUGAUAAUAUUGUUUUGUUGUUGGGCACGUAUGUUUAUUUGUAUGGCUUCGCCUUUAAAGUUGCGUUCCUCGUGCUAUUUUCGAGUUUCAUCCCGAAAAACAGAUUGUAAUCAUGCGGAAAUAAUAACAGAUUAAAAAAAAAACAUUUAAAAUCCACUGUGA